CUGGUUUGGGGGGCUCCUUUUGUGGCUUGGCAUGGGAAGUUCAGGAGAUGCACUUCCUACCCAUCAGCCAAAGUGCACUGACUUCCAGAAUGCCAGUUUCCUCCGAGGCACCAAUCUGAAAGUCCAAUUUCUCCUCUUCACCCUUUCAGAUCCUAGCUGUGGGCAGCUAGUGAAAGAAAGCAGUGACCUCCAAAACUCUGGGUUCAAUGCCACUCUGGGAACCAAACUACUUAUCCAUGGAUUCAGGGCUUUCGGAACAAAGCCUUCCUGGAUUGAUCAACUCAUUAGGACCCUUCUGCACACAGCCAAUGCUAACGUGAUUGCCGUGGACUGGGUUAACGGCUCCACAGGUGUCUACUUCUCGGCCAUGGAAAAUGUGGUGAAGGUGGGCCUUGAGAUCUCCAGCUUCCUCCGUAAACUCCUGGUGCUGGGUGUGCCUGAGUCCUCAAUCCACAUCAUUGGUGUUAGCCUGGGGGCCCAUGUUGCAGGCAUGGUAGGACAUUUCUACAAAGGCCAGUUGGGACAGAUAACAGGCCUGGAUCCUGCUGGACCGGAGUAUAACAGAGUCAGCCUGGAGGAGCGCCUGGACGCCGGAGAUGCCCUCUUUGUGGAAGCCAUCCACACAGAUACUGACAAUUGGGGUAUCCGGAUUCCUGUUGGACACGUGGACUACUUUGUCAACGGAGGCCAGGACCAACCUGGCUGUCCCACAUCCAUUUAUGCAGGUUACAGUUAUCUGAUCUGUGAUCACAUGCGGGCUGUGCAUCUCUACAUCAGUGCCCUGGAGAGUUCCUGCCCAUUGAUGGCCUUUCCCUGUGCCAGCUACAAGGCCUUCCUUGCUGGACACUGCCUGGAUUGCUUUGACCCUUUCCUGCUUACCUGUCCACGGAUUGGGCCGGUAGAACAUGGCGGUGUCAGGAUAGAGCCACUUCCCACGGAAGUGAAAGUCUACCUCCUGACCACUUCCAAAGCUCCGUACUGUGUACAUCACAGCCUCGUGGAGGUUUACUUGAAGGAAACAAGAAACAAGAACACCAACAUCGAAGUCACCUUCCUUGGCAGCAACAUCACCUCCUCGGUCAAGAUCACCAUACCUAAACAGAAACUCCAGGGGAGAGGAAUCCUCCCCCAACCCCACCCACAGUGCCAGAUAAACCAAGUGAGGCUCGCGUUUCAGACUUCCAACCGGGUCUGGAGAAAAAAGCAGACUAUCACUGUUGGGAAGUUCUGCACUACCCGUUUGCCCGUCCAUGACAGUAAAAAGAUGAUCUGCUUACCUGAACCGGUGAACUUAGAAGCAAAUAGGGCUGUUUUUCAUGACCUGAAAAUAGCCUGUGUGUAGUAUCAGCCUGGGUACAACGUGCAGCCCUGGAUUUCUAUGGGAGCAACUUAUUCUAGGCCAUUACUGCUACAGAAGAAGGCACAACUCCCAGUUAUCUCCCCCAUAAUUAGCCCCUUUGGAGGUGAGAGAUGGCUCAUUUUACAAAGCUUAUCUCCACUGCCCAUAUGAAGAGCCUUAUAUAGACACCAUUUCAGCUUUCCUAUUAACAUUUAACUGUAACUACCCCAUAUCCUUGGGCGUCUGUACCUAGUAUUCAAUAUACAGAGGAAGUCCUCUUUUUUUUUUAUUUUUAUACCACUCCAUGGAAUGUCUGAAUCGUUUGUUUUAUUAAAAUGGUACUCUGUUAUGUACAUAAGGUGUGAUUUACAGUCUGUGGGACUGGAGAAAUCAGUAGAUGUUGGAGCCUCUGUACUGAAAUAGCAACUGAAAAAAAGCACCUGAAACAAUGGAUGGGAUGAAGGGAGGGGAGGAAGAUGAUGCCAUUCGCCAUCUCUUACCAUUGCUGCCUCUGGAUAUCUGGAAGGUUUUUGGGAUUGGAGAAAUAUUUGGGGAAUACAGGUAAAUUUUCUUGGGGCCAGUGUUUCCCAAACUUUGAUCUUUGUAAAUAACCUUGUACUAGCCACAGUCUAGCAAGAAACAGAUGGUGUACGCCAAUUGAGUAUUU